UAACAAACAAAUUUCAUCAUCAGUCAGUAAGUAUUACCAACAAGACGAGACCAUGCGAGAGAUUUGGGUCUUCCCCUUCCUUUUCCUCUUCCUCCUCUCUUCUGCUGCCGCUGUUCUCACCACAUCAUCCCAACAUUAUCUAAGCCAUAUCAAUGAAUGCGAUGCUCUACUUCAGUUCAGCAGUUCAUUCACGGUCACAAGUGAUGCCUCCAAAGUGGCCUGCGACCAAUUCUCCAAGACUUCAUAUCCAAAGACAGCCUCGUGGAAGAAUGGCACUGAUUGCUGCUCGUGGCCUGGGGUCACUUGCCACCCAGCAGCAGCAAAUAGAGUGAUCGGGCUCGACCUCAGUUGCAGUCAGCUCAGUGGUACCAUCCAUUCCAACAGCACCCUCUUUUUGCUCCCCAAUCUUCAGCGGCUCAAUCUCUUUGGUAACAAUUUCUUCGACUUACAAGGAAUUUCACCUAGGUUCGGUAUCUUUACCAGAAUGGCUCAUCUGAAUCUCUCUCAUUCUAACUUCUUCGGGCCCAUUCCUCUAGAAAUUUCUCACCUCUCCCGCCUAAUUACACUUGAUCUCUCGGGCAUCCGUGGUAACCCAACCAUGGAAUUAGAUGACCAUAGUUUCAGAUGGCUUACACAUAAUUUCACACAGUUGAGAGAACUUACUCUUGAUAGUACCGACAUGUCUGAAGUUUCUCCUAUGUCCCUAGCGAACUUCUCUUCUUCCGGUCUGACAUCUUUGAGUCUUAAAAGCUGCGGUCUAAGUGGGAUAGUUCCGAUUGACAUCUUUCGUCUCCCAACCCUCCGCAGUCUCUCUCUUUCUGAUAAUUAUUAUCUCACGGGCACUCUACCCCAGACAAAAAACUGGACUAGUCCGCUCGUCUCCUUAAACCUAUCAUCGACAGAGUUCAGUGGGUCAAUUCCUGCUUCAGUGGGGAAUCUGACAUCCAUGACCAUUUUGGACCUCGUAGGGGCCCAAUUUACCGGUUCGAUCCCACUGACACUUGGAAACCUCGUCCACCUCACCCACUUGAACCUCGGGUCUAACAAUUUCAGUGGCACCAUGGACUUUGAAAUGUUUGCGAGGCUCAAAAAUCUCCAGUACCUUUCCCUCACAGAAAACAAUUACCUGAAUGUGUCGCUGCAAAGUGAUGGCAACUGUUCCUUCCCUGUGCUCCGAUAUCUGGAUCUAUCAAAUUGCAGCUUGACCAAAUUCCCAUACUUCUUGAGUUCUUCCGCUGAGCUGGAAUCCUUGGACCUCUCCAACAACAUGAUCAGUGAAAGGAUUCCUGAAUGGUUUUGGAGAGUAGGGAGGGGCACAUUGACAUACUUGGACCUCUCAAGCAACAAUUUUGAUGGUCCUCUACCUGAUCCUCCUUCUUCGACGGUGUUCUUCUAUGCCUUCAACAACAAUUUCUCUGGAGAAAUACCAUCUUCAAUCUGCCAAGCCAGUUCACUAGAAGACCUCGUUCUCUCAAAUAACAGACUCAGUGGCACCAUUCCGAGAUGUUUGGGUGAUUUAAAAAGACUCUCGUUGAUUUUUGCCUCAAAUAACAGAUUGACUGGCGAGAUCCCAUCUUCAAUCUGCCGAGCCAGUUCAAUUUCCGGCCUCGUUCUCUCAAACAACACACUUAGUGGUACCAUUCCAAGUUGUUUAGGUGAUUUAAAAAGCCUCUCAAUUCUCGAUGCCUCAAAUAACAGUUUGACUGGAGAGAUUCCAUCUUUAGUCUGUCAGAUGGGAAAUUUAAGCAAUCUCUUCUACUUGGGUUUGAGCCACAAUCUGUUACAAGGUCCGCUGGCACAAUCUCUCGCAAACUGUACAAGCUUGCAAAUUUUAAUUGUCAGUCACAAUGCAAUAUCUGAUACAUUCCCGCGCUGGCUAAAUUCUCUCUACUGGUUGUAUGCUGUAGAUUUACGGUCCAACAGGUUUCAUGGAGCCAUUGAAAUUCCCCUUCCCUCACAAAUUUCAUACUUGAGCCUCUCCAACAAUGAGUUUUCUGGACAGUUGCCAAUAAAUUUCCUUCUGAAUUCAACUGCUUCUAUUAUUUACUUAGCCAAUAACAGUUUUGAAGGACCUCUCCCGAUUCCAUCACCAUCCAUUGGUUGCUUUUCCGUUGCAAACAAUGGGUUCAGUGGAGACAUUCCUUAUCAGCUCUGUAACGCCACUAAGCGAGAGAUCAUCAACCUGUCCAAUAACAGCUUGACCGGCACCAUUCCUCACUGUUUGAUGAACUUUAGUGCCUCCCUAGAUGUAUUGGAUCUACAAGCAAAUCAAUUUGUUGGUCAUAUGCCAGAGAUAAUUUUCUCUGGAAAGAACUCGGUCAGGGCAAUCCGCUUAGGUCAAAAUCGGCUCGGAGGGACGUUGCCACGAUCUUUGACAGGUUGCAAGAAUUUGCAAGUUUUGGAUCUCGGCGAAAAUGAGUUAGAGGGCCACUUCCCUUACUGGUUGGAUAUCCUUCCACAUCUGCAAGUUCUUAUCCUGAGAUCCAACUGGUUCUGUGGUCUGGUGGAUAGUUCCAAGAGAACUAGUCAUCCCUUCCCAAAGUUACGCAUUUUGGACCUCUCUGACAACAACUUUUCCGGUCGACUGCCAGCAGAGUACAUUGCCAACUUAAUAGCCAUGAAGAAUGAAGAGAAAGGCAGUUUACGUUAUAUGGGUGACCUAAACUAUGAAGAUACCAUUACAGUGUUCGUGAAAGGGACGGAGUUGGUGCUGGUGAAAAUUCUGACCGUGUUUACAACCAUUGACUUGUCAAGGAACUUCUUCGAAGGAGAGAUCCCAGAAUCAAUCGGAGAUCUGAAAGCACUCAAGGGACUCAACAUUUCUCAUAACAAUCUAACUGGCAGGAUCCCUUCUUCUGUGGGGAAUCUUACUGAUCUUGAGUGGCUGGACCUAUCCUCGAACAAGCUCAAUGGGAAGAUCCCCAGAGGAUUGGCGGAUCUUACGUCACUCACCACCUUGAAUCUCUCGUAUAACCAGCUCGUGGGACCAAUUCCUCAUGGCCCGCAAAUGGAUACAUUCAACCACUCCUUUGACGGGAAUCCUGGCCUGUGCGGUCCUCCAUUGUCAGAUACAUGUGAUACUUCGAAGCAGUCACCACCGCAUGCAGUUUCCCCUGAAGAAGAAGAAGAAGAAGAAGAAGAAGAAGGGCAUUGGAUUGAAUGGAGGGCAGUGGCAAUGGGCUCAGGAUGCGGACUCAUCCUUGGGAUAUCAGUGGGAUAUAUUAUGCUGGAAACCGGGAGACCGAGAUGGUUGGUGAGAAUGGUUGACAGGAAAAAGCGUAGGAAAACAAACAGGCUGAAAAGAAAUGCGGCUCCGAGAAAUCUUCUCAGGCGGAGCACCAGAGGCCAAUGAGAUGGGAGACCAGGCAAAAACCGGUACAUGGAGGUUCCGUCGAGGGGAAUAGCAAUUUAUCGGUGUGAAGUAGAAAGCUAAACAGCCUUAUUCCAUAAGCAUUUUUACUUUUGUUCUUAUUUUGGGUUUGAAGUGGAAUGGCAAUACCAAUGUGCCUUCUCAGCUAAAUCUUAAUCAUAAUAUGGAAUAUCCUUCUUGUCUCAAUAAAUAUA